CUUAGUCAAGCGACGAGCAACCCGCGCCGACUGAGGGAGGCGGGCCAGGUGUACGAGCAAGGGCUCGGUUAUGUUCCUUCUCUUUCCUCUCAGCAGGGCGAGUGACGUGGCCUAUCAUCCGGGAGAGAACGAAUGGAAGCCAUCCCCAGGACGACAGGACUGUGAUGGGUCAACCCUUCCACUGCUUGACUAUUCUUCCCUGAGAGGCUGGUCCGGUGAUCUUGGUCAAAACGAUGGAGAAGAAGAGCUGAAGGAGGGCUAUGAAGAAGAAGAGCUGAGCGAGGUCGAUGGAGAAGAAGAGAUGAGGGAGGACGAUGGCGAAGAAGAGCUGAGGGAGGGCGAUGACGGAGAAGAGAGGCGAAGCGGAACCUUUGCGGAUCAAAGACAGGCUUCACGUGGGUUAGCAGGGGGAAGGCCAAUGGAUGGAUCGCAUCGGAGAAAGCGACGGCUGAAUGGUGGCAGAAUGCCAGCAGCAGUCCUUCCUUUGUCCCCUCCUCCUGGUGGCGAUCCGCAACGGAGGGAGCGCUUGGAGGGGGAUGCACAGGUGUCCAACAAGCCACGGGUUAUCGUGCUAGCCGGGCCCACGGGUGUAGGAAAGAGCACGAUGGCUGUGGAACUGGCCAAACGGAUUGGUGGUGAAAUCAUCAGCGCCGAUUCCGUUCAGGUGUAUAAGGGGUUAGAUGUUGGUAGCGCGAAGGUUCCUGUGGUGGAAAGGGAGGGAAUCCCCCAUCACAUGCUUGACGUCGUUAGUCCUUUGGAGUCGUAUACCGCUGGAGACUAUUUCGAAGACGCUCGGGCUGUGACCGAGGACCUUCUGUCUCGCGGAAAGGUGCCGAUUGUAGUCGGCGGUACCGGAAUGUACCUUCGCUGGUACAUUCAUGGGAAGCCUGCGCUCCCAAUGCCAAGCCAGGAGUUGAGGGCUGCUAUAGAAGCAGAGAUGGAGCAUUUCAAAUCAAUGGGUGAAGACGGUUGGGACGCUGCCGUUGCUGCGCUUUCCGUCGCCGGGGAUCCUGAAUCGGCUGCAAAGUUGUUGAGGAAUGACUGGUUCCGCAUGAAACGUUGUUUCGAGAUACUGCGAUGCUCCGGCAAACCGCGAUCGGUGUUCCGAGUUUCGUCGGAAACUGCUUCAGAAACGUCAUCGCAGGUGUCGGAUGAUGCAUUACCGCUCCAGGCGCAUCAGAGCGAGCAGCAGCGCGACGAUGCAGGAGAUCAAGACUUGAAGAACAGGCCGGAGUCCGGUCCUGGAGGGAUUGGUAGUGAUGAGACUUGUGUUGACUCGGGCAUGGGGAGGUGUAUGGAUUACGAUUUCCAUUGUUACUUCCUGUUUGCACCUCGAACCGCCAUGUAUCGGAGGAUCGAUGCGCGCUGUGAAGAGAUGGUCAUGGAUGGACUCCUUAAAGAGGCCUCUUGGCUUUUAGACUUAGGAGUGAUGCCUGAUAGUAGUCCCCCUUCCAGGGCUAUUGGCUAUAGACAAGCUAUGGAGUACUUGCAGCAGUGUAGGAAAGAAUUGCAAGAAGAAGAGACAGGAGGAGGAGAAGAAGAGAAUAGUGAAGGAGGUGCACUCAGCCACAAAGGGGUUUUGAAGUUUGUCUCUGAUUUUCAACAGUGUUCGCGGAGAGCUGUUUCCCGGGAAUUCUUUUGUCCGAUUCCUCCUCCUGUUGCGCUAAGAUUAUGUAAGUGCGGAGGCGAGGUGUACCACCAGCUUGCGAGCGAUUGCAUGCAGUCAGGAUUUGACGUUGCACAAGAAGAAGGAGAAUGUCAUUGGCCGCACCAGAUCACUCGCGGUGGUCGGGGGGUAGGUACAAUUAGAUGGUGCUGGGCGCCUUCGACUACUGUGGCUCUGCAAAUGAAAACGAGGCAGGGUUGCCCAAGAAGAAGGUUGAUCAUGAGUAGUAGGUCAGGUUGGGACCUCCAUGCACGAUGCAGCGGUCAGGAGGGUGGACGAGGCGGAGGAUGGGGAGACGGAGGUGGUUGUCAUCGCCAAACACUAAGCCAUGGCCGUUUCCUGAAGAUGGCACGGAAACAGGAGGGUUCUGAUGCAGCAGUUUGUGCGGCGAAAGAGGACAGCGAGGGCCUUUUGUGGGAUGAAACAGCAGUAAGCGCAGAUCUGAAUGAUGUGGAUGAUGAUGACAGGAAAGAGACGAAAGAGGAAAAGCAGGAGGAAGCAAUGUACAUUCGACGUUGCGUGGAUUUGGCGCUCCAGGCCUUGGGUCAUACGUCUCCGAAUCCCGUUGUGGGAUGUGUAAUUGUGAAGGGUGGCCGAGUCAUUGGGGAGGGUUUUCACCCCAAGGCUGGAGAGCCACAUGCUGAAGUGUUUGCUCUCCGUCAGGCUGGUGAAAAUGCAGUCGAUGCGACGGCGUACGUGAGUUUAGAACCUUGUAAUCAUUACGGAAGGACCCCUCCUUGUAGUCUUGCGCUGGUCAAGGCGAGAGUGAAACGCGUCGUGGUAGGAGCGCUCGACCCCAAUCCCCUGGUUUCUGGACAAGGCGUGAAGACACUGAGGGAUGCAGGGAUCGAGGUUGUUACGGGAGUGGAGGAAGAGCUCUGUCAGCGUGUAAACGAAGCUUUCUUCCAUAGAAUGCUUUUUCGAAAACCCUUCGGCACAUUGCGAUACGCCAUGUCUCUAGAUGGAAAAGUGGUGCGCACAAGCGCAGUUUGCCAAUCUCUUCCUCCCGAGAAAGGUUGCCACUACAGCAAACUUCUUCAAGCAAUGGACAGCGUUGUGAUAACGUCAUCGGCUCUGCUCCUUGACCCACAGCUUUUGUCUUCUGAGGAAGGUGCCAAGCAGCCGUUGCGGGUUUUGUUGCUCGAUAGUCUUGAUGUUCCUCUGGACUUAGCCGUUUUUGACACGACGAAAGCACCGACGGUUGUCGUCACAACGGAAAAGGCUCUGGUGGAAGACAUGCAGAGGGCUGCGAAAGAGGGCAGAAGCUCAACAGAAUCAAAAUUUCUGGAGAAAGGCGUAGAGAUGAUUGCUUUCCCAGAUGAUGCAACAACAGAGCAAAUUUUGGACGUACUCUAUAACCGGGGGGCUUGUUCUGUCCUCUGGGAUUCCCAAGGAACAGUUGAGCACAGUGGGGUUGCCCUCAUGGAGAGGGUUUUGGAGGAGAAAGAGGCACAGAAAGUAGUGGCGGUGAUCGUGCCCGUGAUAUCUGGAAGAGGCCAUUCUGCCGUGAAUUUGUCAAUUCCCGUCGAAGGCCUGAAGCUUGAGAGAUGUGUCACAAGCCGAUGUGGGGACAAUAUAAUCAUCGAGGGUUACUUGCCAAAUCAAGAUUUACUUAAUUAGGAAGGCAAGGAAGGGGGGGAAGUACAGGUAGGAAAGAAAAAGGUGUGUGUGUGUGUGUGUGUGUGUGUGUGUGUGUGUGUGUGUGUGUGUGUGUUGGGGGGGGAGGAGAGAGAGAGAGAGAGAGAGAGAGAGAGAGAGAGAGAGAGAGAGAGAGAGAGAGAGAGAGAGAGAGAGAGAGAGAGAAGGUAUGCAAAGUUAUACUAGUGUAUGCGAGUCCACAGUCUGACUGUGCAGGAGUAAUGUCGAGAAAGGAGUGCUCUUGUCUGGUUUGCUCAAUCAAGAGUGUGGAGAGGC